GGGGUUCCCGCCCCCAAAACACCUCCUUUUCAACUCCGUCGGGGGGAGGGAGCGUAUGCAUUCUGCUCUCCGUUCCUGUCCUUAGGACAUUCAGUCCAAAUCGACGAAUGAAACCCGCACAGAGCGCUUGUAUAGUGUGAACGGCUUAGCGUCUGGUAUCUUCUGAGAGCUAGCAGCACUAUUCGCUUACUUCGAAGCAGCAAGAUACGUAAAAUGGUCGGGAUCCCCGGCGCUUUUCAAUACUGCGGAGAGAAGAAGAACCCUGCCAUGCCCGGUUCCCCCGUGGAGGUCAAAGUUCACACCAGACCAGCACAGUCCACCAUGCCGCCCCUGCCGUCCAUCAAUCCGAGCGGGCCCCACCCCGUCUCCUUCUCCUCCCCCUCUCUGACUAAUGGGAUAAACCACUCCCCGCCUACCUUGAAUGGUGUACCCUCCCCGCCCCAGCGCUAUAGCAACGACCCCUCCUGCUCCUCCUCCUCCUCGCUGGCCAAUCAGCAGCUCCCGGCGACCUGCGGCGCCCGGCAGCUGAGCAAGCUGAAGCGCUUCCUGACCACGCUGCAGCAGUUUGGCAACGACAUCUCGUCCGAGAUCGGGGAGAGCGUGCACGGUCUGGUGCUCGCGCUCGUGAACUCGACCAUCACCAUCGAGGAGUUCCACGCAAGGCUGCAGGAGGCCACCAACUUCCCCCUGCGCCCCUUCGUCAUCCCUUUCUUAAAGGCCAACCUGCCCCUCCUGCAGAGGGAGCUCCUGCACUGUGCCCGGGCCGCCAAGCAGACGCCCGCCCAGUACCUGUCCCAGCACGAGCACCUGCUCCUGAGCAGCACCAUGGCCUCCCCGCCCAACUCCUCUGAGCUGCUGGAGCCCAGCGAGGCCGCCAAGAGACACACCCCUGACCGGGCCAAAGAGAAUGGCUUUCGCCCGCGACCAGCCGGCACCCUGGAACCCCCUGCUAAACGCAUCUGCACCAUCAGCCCCGCCCCCCGGCACAGCCCCGCCCUGCCCCUCCCCCUGGGCGCUCAGCUCCACCCCACGCCCCCGCCCCUGCAGCACUACGCCCUGGAGGACAUCGCCUUGCCUCACCUGCACUGUGACCUACAGCGCCCCCUGGAGUCCAGGGACCUCAAGGAUAGGCCACGCCCAGGAGCUAACAGGGGCUACCGAGAGGAGCCGGUGGACCACAGGCUGACAGACAGGGAGUGGGCGGACGAAUGGAGACACCUGGAUCACGUGCUGAACUGCAUCGUGGAGAUGGUGGAGAAGACGCGGCGGUCGGUCAGCGUGCUGAGGCGGUGCCAGGAGUCGGACCGCGAGGAGCUCAACUACUGGAGGAGGCGCUCCAGCGAGCAGGAGGAGGCGCGGAAGAACGCGCCGCCCCUCCCCAAGGCCCCCAGCCCCCACGCCAGGGAGAACGCUCACGCGGACCCCCAGAGAGAGCUGACCUCCCGAACCGGCCUGGGAUACGUCCCGGAUGAGAUCUGGAGGAAAGCCGAGGAGGCGGUGAACGAGGUGAAGCGGCAGGCUGUGGACGAGGUCCAGAAGGCGGUGGCGGACGCGGAGCAGAAGGCCUUCGAGAUGAUCGCCGCCGAGCGCGCCAAGAUGGAGAAGACCCUCGCCGAAGCCAAGCAGCAGGCCGCCAAAGACGCCAUCCAGGUCAUCAACGAGCAGGAAGACUCCAGCGAGAGCUGCUGGAACUGCGGGCGCAAGGCCAGCGAGACGUGCAGCGGCUGCAACGCGGCGCGCUACUGCGGCUCCUUCUGCCAGCACAAGGACUGGGAGCGCCACCACCUCAUCUGCAGGCCGGGCCUCCAGGCCCAGCCCAAACCCCUCUCCGGCUCCGCCUCCGCCUCCAGGGCCACGCCCCCCGGGUCGGACCCCGCCCCCGGCUCCGCCCCCGCCCCCGAGAAGGCGCCCUCCGCCUCCAGGUCCUCUACGCCGGCCUCGGCCACGCCCUCGGAGACCAACGGCCUCUGAGGCGUCCGUGGCCGUGGAAACAGGACAUGCUUUACGAGCGGUUUGAUUGGCCACCUGGGGGGCCGGGGGGGAGGAGGUAUGACAGACGGACGGACCUUGUCUCCACCCACCCCUCUGUUCCCCGGGACAAGCAUGUUUAAAUGGAAAUUUUCACUUUGUUAGCGUUCCUGAAUUGAACAUGCAAAACUGAAUUUUCAGGCUUGAGCCAAAACACAGAUAUAGUUCAUAGUUUAAUACACAUGACCUCUCUGUUGGCUUGUGUAUAUAAUACAGAGGGAACAGAGGGAACACUGAGAAGAGAAGACUUGAUGCAUGUUCCCUUAAUUAUUGAGCAGACAAGAAAAUUCAACAGUUGGCUUCUGUUUUGGCUUUACGGAAAUGUUUUGUGGUGUGUGUGUGUGGCUCUUUUGUCCCUUCCUGUUUAUGUGCGGUUUACACUGUCGGCUGCUCUCUGAUAUUUUUCUUCUCAAGUGUCGCUGCAGGCGGCAGUAUAAAAUAAUUGUUCAGGCGACCAGGCAAUUGUUUAACCAAAGUUUUCUGUCAAUAAAAUAUUUCCUCAUCCGUCA